AAUAAUAACAACAACAACAACAACAACUACUACUAUGAAGCGUACGUCGCCCCCGAUGGGUUCUUACUCAUUCACGCAUUGGGUAAUCGAUACACUCGCAGACACACAUGGAGAAACGCUGCUCAGCCGCCAAAUGAAACCAUUAAGCGCUACAUAAAACAUUCGUCGUCGAGGGAAGUCGGGGGUUAUAUGGGGUAUCAACAAUGUGCACCUUUGGCUCCAAACUCCGGGGCAGACAGACAACGCAAACAAUCAGAGAGCCGAGGCAGCAACAACACAACACAACACGGCGACGUGAUCAUGUCUGGGCCGUUCAGCCGUUCAACCGUUCAGCAAAUGUUGGCGACGUCGCUGUCGCCGUUGCCAUCGCCGUCGCCGUUCGGCGGCUCCAACUUUGUUAUUAUUACCGCUCGUGCACAUGCCCCCAACUGCCCACGAUUCGAUGCGAUGUUGCUGCUGUCCGCAAGAGCAAACAGGUUUGACCAUUCACUUGAACUGCUUUUGGGAGUCGCCUUCGCUGGAGUAGGGGAUGAGCUUGAUGAUAAAGAGAGGGAAUAGAGGAGGAGAUGGGGCUGCCGUCUUCGUCAUCGACAUUAAACGUAAUCAAUAGAGCGAACUUCUUUAAUUGAGCAUCGUCAACGUGCGAGAGACAAAAGCGAAGCGACAAUCAAAACUAAUUGAAUGCACAGUGCAAAAAAAAAAGAACAACAAAUGAUGAAAGGAGGAGGAUUGAUUGGCUUUUGUGGAAUUAUUAGAUCACUGGGGAAAAAUAUUGUAAGUUAAAAGAUAUUAAAUAUAAAAUUUUUGAGGAAAUUUGUUAAGAUUUUGUAAGCUUUUGACUUUGAAAUUGAUUUUUAUUAGUGAUGAGAUUCUUAUUAUUGAAUAAAAAUCAUGAAAGGGAUAUUUGUAAAAUAUAUAAGAAUAUCCAUAAUACAGCUUUAAAUAUUUGAAAAAUUAACUAUUUAAAUUUACAUUUUACACAACAAAUAAUGCUUGUUUUUUUGAUAUUUUAAUCUAGUAGGGAAUCCCUUUAAUGUCAAGUUUAUUUUUAACAUUUUAAACUUUUUCUGAAGA